GUUUUGUGACUGUGCGUGUUAUCUUCUUCCUCCCGACGAAAUUCCUCCGACAUCGGAGAGAGAGAGAGAGAGAGAGAGAAUGUGGGAAAUGAGUUCGGCUCUUCCUCCGAGGCACUUGUUACCUCUCGCCACUUCCCUCAUUUCUCCUCCGCUAGAUUCGUAUUAUUCCCAUUCAUUCCUCAGAUCGACGUUCCCUAAUCUCCACCGCCGUUGCUCCUCGGCUUCUUCUUCCUCGUCCUCCUCCCAGUCUCAUUCUCACGCCGAGCUUUUCCCAGGACGCCGAAAAUACACACCCUCCUCUCCCUCUGCUCCCGCUCCCAUGUGCUUUCCUGAACACGUUAGAGAUCAAUCUGACUUGGAGGAUCAGGGAAAUAUAGAAGAUCAAGUGUCAUGUGUGCUUGAAUCCGAUGAAGGUACCGGGAUCCGAAUCCCGAGUCAGGCUCAGUCUCUCGUUGAAGGAUCCAGGUCAGUUGCGGUGUCGGAGGUGCAACCCGUCCCUGACGUAGAUUAUAUACAGGAGCUGCUGGCAAUACAGCAACAAGGGCCUAGAUCCAUUGGCUUCUUCGGAACACGGAAUAUGGGUUUCAUGCACCAGGAGCUGAUCGAGAUUCUGAGCUAUGCCAUGGUUAUAACAAAAAAUCAUAUAUAUACCUCGGGUGCAUCCGGGACUAACGCAGCAGUUAUCAGAGGCGCAUUGAGAGCAGAGAAACCAGAACUGCUUACAGUGAUCUUGCCACAGAGUUUGAAAAAGCAGCCUCCUGAAAGCCAGGAACUGUUGUCCAAAGUGAAAAACGUGAUAGAAAAGCCUCACAACGAUCAUUUGCCAUUGAUAGAGGCCAGCAGGCUCUGUAACAUGGACAUCAUAUCACAAGUACAACAAGUGAUUUGCUUUGCUUUCCACGACAGCAAACUGCUCAUGGAGACCUGUCAAGAGGCCAAAUCUGUACGCAAGAUUGUUACUCUCUUCUACUUGGAUUGAUGGAUGGAUCGGUCGUUUAACCUUCAUCAUCUUCUUCCUCGUUUAACCUUGAACGAGGAAAAGACAUGAUCCCUUUGUAAAUUAGUAGUCACUGACUGCAGACCCCAACCUAUUAUUUUGUCCUUUUCUUUUUCCUUGUAACUUUUUGGGUUGCAUCCCACUUUUGUAAUAGAAUGUUGUCUUAGAUGAUGUUUUUGAAGUGUCACGAACCUCUUGAAUUGGUCGUGAAAAUUGUUAACUGUA